AUCAUCGCCACCGUAGCAACCAGAACCACCUCUCUUUCGACUUCGAAACUCUUUAGCCUUCCCUCACAGCCGAAGAGCCUCUACGUUCCACAAACAUGGGGAAGACACGUGGAAUGGGAGCUGGUCGCAAACUGAAGUCCCACCGUAGGAGGCAAAGGUGGGCUGACAAGGCUUACAAGAAGUCCCACCUUGGCAAUGAAUGGAAGAAGCCAUUUGCUGGGUCCUCACAUGCAAAAGGCAUAGUUCUCGAGAAAAUUGGGAUUGAGGCUAAGCAGCCAAACUCUGCUAUUAGAAAAUGUGCUCGAGUUCAGCUGAUUAAGAAUGGGAAGAAGAUUGCUGCCUUUGUACCAAACGAUGGUUGCUUGAACUAUAUUGAAGAGAAUGAUGAGGUGCUGAUUGCGGGAUUUGGCCGUAAAGGACAUGCCGUUGGAGAUAUUCCCGGUGUCAGGUUCAAGGUUGUGAAGGUAUCAGGUGUGUCUCUUUUAGCUCUUUUCAAAGAGAAGAAGGAGAAGCCAAGGUCUUAAGCUCCAGCGGAGAGAAGAUUUUGUGAGCAGAUUAUCCCCUUUGAUCUCUUGUUUUCUUUCCCACCCAAAACCCAACUUUCUCUUCUUUAUCAAUGGGUUAGCUUUGCUUGCUUCUGUAUCAUUAGAUGAAACUGACAGUAUAACGGCUUCUCUCUUAGCAAACCGAAAAAUUCGAGUCAGAUAAUUUCUUUUUUCUUUACAUUCUCGUGCCUUGCUGUUAUGUACAUACAAUGGGCCGUGGUAUUGAAUUAAGGAAGUAUCAAUGUCUAGGCCAGUCAUUGGUUGAAUUGAACCUAUUUGUUCAAGUCAAGUUACUGAUCUUUGGAUGCUUUUUACCAUUAAGAGUAUGUUCUAUUUGAACUGCUUUUUUUUUUCUCGGUUUUGUUGGACUUGAUCCCGAAAAUGUACAUACGC